UUUGAUUGGCUAGCUGUAGUUUUAUUCAAUGUGAAUUUAUUUUUUACAAAAGUACUAAUUUGUGCAGAGUUCCUUCAACGUUACAACGUAUCCCCGGAGCUGGGACUUGGUAAAAGAAUAAUUAACAGUGUUAACCAGACUGCUAACAUACCAGGAUUACAUCCAUAUUAUACUAGGAAUUCUUUGUUUCAAGGCCAGUCGAGCAGACGCCACGACAGUUAAACCAUAGCGGGUUUCGAUAACUCGUUUUCCUCUAGUUUAAGUAACAAAGCUACCACGUACAACAAGAAGUCAUAAAAGGAGCGGUCUGUAGUGGUCGGGCGAUCAGUCAGACCCAUCUAAGCCAGUUUUCUUUGCAAGUACGGACGUCUCGCCAUGCCGUUAAAUCAUAACGGGUUACGAAAGCUAGUCCCUCCCUAGUUUAAGCAGCAAAGCUACCAUCUAUUACCAGAAGUCAUAUCAGGAUCUACAGAUGCAGUCAGGGGCGCCAUGUUUCCGCCGCCAAUUACACUCGAGGAUCCCGAGCACAGCAAAGAAGCUAAAGAGAACGAUGAUCCAAACUGGCCUUCCUGGUUGACAAAAGUAACUCGCACCAAGCCCUACCUCACUCUACUAUCAGAAGGUAGUCUGAGAAGAACUUUAUCCACUAUGGACCUGACCCUCUUAGGGGUGGGCACAGCAAUUGGCAUUGGUAUAUACGUCAUGACUGCUAAGCUAGCACGUGAUAUCGCAGGACCGGCUGUCAUUUUAUCCAUUGUGUUGGUCUCCUUUUCUGUGAUACUGUCCGGGAUCUGUUAUGCAGAGUUCAGUUCACGAGUUCCAAAGUGUGGUUCAGCCUACGUGUAUUGUUAUGCAACUGUUGGCGAGAUAUGGGCCUUCAUCGUGGGAUGGACAAUGCUUGUCGAAUAUGCCAUUGCAACAGCUGUCUUGGCGCGAACUUGCAGCGAGUACAUUGAUUUUAUAUCUGGUGGGGAGAUUUACACCUUUUUCAAAGAAAAAGUAGUAACUUGGGACAAUCCUUUUUUGGCACCAUUUCCGGAUUUUUUAGCCUUGGCUGUAGCUCUAGCAGUGGUUCUUAUUGUUACUGUGGGGUUGCGAUGGGCCAUGAUCUUCAAUCGAGUUAUGUUCGUGUUCAGUAUCAUCGCUUUAAUCCUGCUUUUCGUGAUCAGCCUUUUUCUCGUCAAACCAGAAAACUGGGCGAGUGAUUUCGCUCCUCACGGUGUUCAUGGAGUCUUGAGCGCAGCUGCUACUGGUUAUUAUGCUUUCAUUGGCUUAGACGCCAUUGCUGCUGUUAGUGGAGAGGUCAAGCGCCCGCAGUCCUCAACUUCUCUGUCAAUUAUCUUGACUGUUACUAUAGUUACAAUAAUAUAUUGUGGGAUUGCAACUGUGUUCACCCUUAUAACACCGCAUGAUCAAUUGAGACACUUGGCGCCACUGGCAAAGAUCUUUCAAGCUAUUCCUGGAGCCCAGUACUUAGUUUCCGUUGGAGCUGUCACGGCCACUCUCAUUGGUUUGCUUUCUUGCUCGCUUGCGGGACCACGGAUUUUGUUUAACAUGGCUAAUGACGGCCUUCUGUUCGUGUGUUUUGGUUGCCUUGAUGAAUCGUCCUAUGCCUUUGAGAUCGUGACUUUAGUUGGUGGUUUCCUAAGUGGAUGCUUGGCAGCUUUAUUUACCACAGAACAUUUGAUUGAAGUAUUAUCUAUUGGCACUCUCUUCGCUCACACCAUGGUCGCCAUCUCGGUCCUGAUAACUCGUUACCAGCCAGGCGCAGAAGAUGUGGUACAUAGUAAAGCCGCUCAACUAGAACGAACAAACCAAUGGCUACAGUUCAUCUCCAUGGAAUCAGAAACAUACCCGUAUACCUUCGGAGAUACUCCAAACCUACAGAAACGUAACUUUGACAGGAAGAAGACAAAAACAUCGCAAAAACCAAGCAAAGUAUCUGGCUCUAACGCCAGCUUUGCAGUGUUUUUAUUGGUUAUUAGCCUUUCAUGCCUCGUCAUUGUUUUCACAACUGUAAUAACUAAUGUCCUGAACGAUGAGGUGUGGGCAUUCCUGUCGGGUGGUAUAAGUGGCCUCUUUGCAUUGGCUGCUGUGAUUUUCCUGACAAGGCAGCCUAGAAACUAUCCAGCGUUUUCUACCACAGUGCCAUGUAUUCCCUGGCUUCCAAUUGUAACCAUUUUUGUCAAUAUUCUUUUGAUUGCUGAGCUGAAAUACUGGACAUUUGUACGCUUUGGUGCAUGGCUUGUUCCAGGGUUGUUCAUCUACGCUUUCUAUGGUUACAGGCGAAGCAACGAAGCACUUAAACCAAAGCCGGCAUCAGAACAAGACUUUAUAGUAUACGAAAAUCCUGAUGUGGACGCGCGCAUUAAGAAGAUACAACCCAAAGCAAAGCAGUACCAGGAUCUCUUUUCUCAGUAAAUAGAAUAAGUGAGGCUACUGUAGAGGCCAGUUCAGCCCACUUCUAACACCGUCCAUUGCAGGGGCCAGCUUAGCUUACUUCUAAGGCUACUGCAGAGGCCAGCUCAGCCUACAUCCAGAGCUACUGCAGGGGCCAACGCUGCGGCUACCGUUCAGGCAAGCUCAUGCAACACGUGACCUCUUACGGAACAUGUUUGACCCUUGCUGAUGGUUAUAAUUAGAUUUUCAAUAACUUAAGGUGGCUUUUAUCCUCUUUCGAAGUUUUAAUUCAAAUUUUGCGAAAAUUUGAAUUUUAACAUGCUGAUCACAAUUCAACAAUAAGUAUGGAGGUCUCUGAGCUCGUUCUUGAGCCGUAAGCAAUUAAGCCUAAAAUUAAGGUUGUUUCUAACAGGUUGUCUGUGCUAGGAUAACCUGAUAUGCCAUGAAAGUGGCCAAUUACUCGUUUGGUACCAUUAUUGUAAUACCAACUGAUAAAAAGUAGUAAUAUUGAUUUAUCAUCGACUUAUUACUGCCAGGAAUUAUUGGCAGAGUUACUUAAAGAAUUUGUCACUAGUAUACCGUCAAACGUAUCACUAACCUCACCUAUUCAGUUAUUAAUACAGACACGAAAUUGUGGAAUUGCACAUUGCCUUCACAUAACAAA